AGUGUCGUCGCGGGGGCAGGGGAAACAUAAACAUAAUCAACCGCAGUUGCCAUCGAGUUUGCUGCUGUGCCGGGAAAAGUGGUUUCGUUCAAGGAGGUUCCCUUCGCCCAGAAUGAAUUUCAGUCACUUGUGGCCCAUCACCAUGUUGAUGCGUUUGUACUCGUUGUGUGUUCUCUUAAUUGACCUCUCGUACUUCGUUCUAUACACUUGGAUCGAGAUUUUCCUGGCGGUCUUGCACGUUUUCAAGCCACCCCCGCGAAAGGAUGCCCGCUCCGAAGUGGUUGUGAUAGCAGGAGCCGCUCGCGGGAUCGGCCGGGAACUGUGCUUAGAAAUGGCAUCAAUAGGAGCUGAAGUGGUUUGUCUCGACGUUAAUUCGGUGGGCAAUGAGUCGACGGUGAAGAAGAUUCGAAUGCAAAAGGGCAAAGCUCACGCCUACACGUGUGACGUCACGAGCAGGGAGGGUGUCUUGAAAACUGUUCGGACAAUCGAGAAGGAUGUAGGCCCGAUUUCAGUGCUGAUCCAUUGCUGCGGCGUACCCAGCCCGCGUUCCUACUCUUCCGAGGCACCACCAAUACGUGAUACUUUGAACGUGAGCAUUGUGUCACACUUUUGGCUUCUGGAUGCAAUACUGCCCAAGAUGAAACUCCGACGCCACGGUCACAUCGUUCUAUUGACCUCGGUGGCGGGCAUUAAAAACCAAAUGGCGUUGAGCGUUUCGCAAUUCGCCGUUCAGGGACUAUUCAAAUCGUUGACUGAGAAUAUUCGUCUGGAUCGCCUGCAGGAUGAUGUUUUCGUAUCGCUUGUCCACUUAUAUCCAUUUAUUGUAAGCAAAGACCUCGCCCAUGAUAUUGGCUUGCGGAUCCCGAAUUUAUUUGGAACUAUGGAUGCCCGUUUGGCCGCUGCAAAGAUUGUAGAUGCAUUCCUGCGAAAUGAGACUGAAAUAAGUAUUCCUAAGCAUGUUUUGUAUCUGGGCCAUGUUAUGAGGCUAUUGCCGAAACGAGCGACACUCAUGCUACGUGAAAUUCUGGAUACAGGUCUGGAUUUUGGUUAAUAUCGACCUUCAACUUAUUUUUAGAGAUUUUAUUACAUAUUUUGGUAAUUUAAGCGCAUUUUUUAAAAGAUAUUUCAUAUUGUCAUCAUUUAGAUUUGUAAGUGCUCAAAUAGAUAGCCGUUUCCUCGGUCA